AUGUCUCAAUCAGGAGCCACAGUCUCUCAGGACUGCAUAAACGCCUACAACGACCUCAAGCUCGCCAAGAAGCACAAGUACGUCAUCUUCAAGCUGUCGGACGACAACCGCGAGAUCGUCGUCGAGGAGGCUUCCGACAACAAGGACUGGGAGACCUUCCGUGAGAAGCUCGUCAACGCCACCCACAAGAGCAAGACUGGUGCUGUUGGCAAGGGUCCCCGAUACGCCGUCUACGACUUCGAGUACAGCCUGGCCUCUGGCGAGGGUUCCCGAAACAAGAUCACCUUCAUUGCCUGGUCGCCCGAUGAUGCCGGCAUCAUGGCCAAGAUGGUGUACGCCUCGUCCAAGGACGCCCUGAAGCGCGCCCUCACUGGUAUCGCGACCGAGAUCCAGGCUAACGACCAAGACGACAUUGAGUACGACACGGUGCUGAAGACCGUCAGCAAGGGCCUGGCCUAA